AUGUGUUGCAUAAGGAAUCUUCCAGAUCGGGACGAACACAUAAACAUUCUUUGGGAAAAUAUCCUUCCUGGAAUGAAAUCACAAUUUGACAAAAUUUCGGCUGCUCUGCAGGAUACCCAAGGUGAAAAAUACGAUUAUCGAUCCAUUAUGCAUUACGACUCAACCGCAUUCUCUCGAAAUGGGCGAAACACCAUCGAAACAGUGGAAGAAGGAUACACGGACGUCAUAGGCAGUGCUACUGAUUUAUCGCAACUUGAUAUUGUCAAAGUAGGUUCACUUCAAUCAAUAUCGCCUUCACAAUCGAUUCGCUAACC